GUAACCACUACAUCAUUAUCUAACAACAACAACGACAACAAAAACCCAGCUUCUUCGCAUGGCCUCCUCAGUAUUAUUCCUGAUCACCCUCACCGCCCUCUCCUUGCUCGCCGCCGUGAGCGGUGGCUACGUCGGCCCCCGGGUCGGGGGCAGGACCGCCGUGCCGGACGUGAGGUCGAACCAGGAGGUGCAGGACCUGGGGCGGUACUCGGUUGAAGAGUACAACCGCAUGCAGCGCCGGCAGCGGGGCAGCGGCGGCGGCAGAGGAGGGGAUAAUGGGGAGAUCGUGUUCGGGGAGGUGGUCGGGGCGGAGAGGCAGGUGGUGGCGGGGAUCAAGUACUACCUGAAGAUCGAGGGGAUGCAGCGCGGGGCGAGGAAGGUGUUCGAGUCGGUGGUGGUGGUGAGGCCGUGGGUGCGGUCCAAGGAGCUCGUCACCUUCGGGCCAUCCAGAGGCGGAGACGGCGGCAGCAGCAAGUCCGGGUUGUCCGGGUUUUGAGAUGGCUUUCGGGGUUGAAGGGGAAGGCUUAGAGAUCAGUGAACAAUCCGGCUUUUAUUGAGUGAAUAACGAGUUUGACCUUUCUUUUUUUUUCUCUUGGGGGGUUUUUUUGGGUUCGUCUCCGUCGAGUUCUGUCUCUGCAUGCACAGGUGAGUUUGAGCCGUGUCAUAGUAUGAAUAAUCAAAAUAAUGGAAAGCACGUUUGU